AUGGCCAGUUUGGCGGCGUCCUACUGCACUGGCGGCACCAUUCGGAGCGCUGAGUCGAGAUGCCUCGGCACGGUGCGGUUGCUGCUUGACGCUGGCGCCGACGAGGAUGCAAGCGACAACUACGGCCGGACGGCACUGCACUAUGCAAUGACGGCGAAUGAGCCGGACAUAACCAGACUACUCAUCGAGAGAGGGGCUGAUGUGCGAAUCAAAGGCAACCGGGGUAACACGCUACUUCACAACGCUGCAGCUGCUGGACACGGAGACUCGAUACUGCACAGUGAAAUAGUGGCGAAGCGCCAGUGA